AGGUUUUGUUGGUCGAUCAGCUCGCGGGAAUCGCGAUGCUGGAAGACGCUGAGCGACAAUCGAUACAUCGGGCAAGCACGGAAGGCAUUGGCGGCGUGAAAUGCGACGCGCGCGUCCUGAAGAUGUGGCAUUUGCUCGUGGCUUUUCGGAAUGUUCUUACUUUCAUGCACGUUGCCGGCGUGGCUAAAUUUCCCGUGUGCUUCCUGCGCGAGUGUGGAUGCCAUGCGAAAAAGCACGACAAGGCAAUGCUUAACAAAACCGUAGCUUCUUUCAAAAAAUCUGGUGAGACACGUAAUCAUGAAUGGGUUGAUGUUGAAGGGCUGGCAAAACAUUUUCGUUUGGCAGAGCUUGCGGAUCAGAUCGCUCCAGGAGUCAAUCACGACCCACUUGUGCGCAAAUUGAACAACUUUAAGUCUUCUUGUGAUAUCACCUCAGCGACCAAAACGAAGAUGUUGCUUGCCCACCCGAGUGUGCCUCUUACCGCGGUUGCCAAUUUUUGUAUAUUUUGUUGUUUGUAUUGCAAUGAAAGCCACUACGUGAUGUCGUUCUACGUCGUUUUAGAGCUGGUGUAUCGGAAAGCAGCCAUUCUUCGCGAUACCGACAAAUUACGCAAGCAUCUGCUGACGCACCGGGAGCGAUUGAAAACCGACGGGUCUUACCCCACACUGCCAGACAUCAGCGCAUAUGACGUUCAGAAAUGGCACGAGGCUGCAAACAUAUGCGUUGAUCUAUACGGCCGACAGCCGAGGAUGGGCUACCACGCCCCGGCGCUGUCGGGCUACGACGACGCAGCCCUCCUGCCAGAGGGCGCGGGCACCCGUCCUCACCGCGUCGCCGUCCGCAUGAGGGCGAUUGCGGUGAGCCUGCAGGAGCACCGGCACAUAUUGGACAAUUCUGCCCUGCUCACGAUUGAGUGUACCAAGUCGUUCUUGCAGACGGAUUGCGAUUGGGCCCCUUACCAAGGCCAGGUCAUGCUCAAGCGGUACCUGCGCGCCCGCCACGGGGACCGGUACGAGGGGCACCACGCUUCGACCGUGCCGUACAUGGAGCUGCCGGGGGACGGCACGUCAUUGUUUUUCCAGAAGCUAGCGCCGGAAGCCCACGACCUCAUCCUAUCAUACUCUUCGGGCAGCGCCGUGGACGAGUCGGCGGGCAGCACGGUGGUGAAGACGACCAAGCCCAUCAAUUCCCUGAACCACAAGCUGCUGUGGCUCCUGCAGCGCCGUCAGAGUUCCAUGCCGCUCCACUCCCGCGUGCUGUCUCUGACUGGCCUCUCGGAGCUGGAGUUCGACGACACGGAGUACGGCGUCUGCGAGGCCCGGACUUAUGUCUGGGGGCACACGUGCCGAAAGCGCUAUCCGCCAGGUUUUUCUGCGGACAUGGCGGCGGCUCACAAGCAGUGGUACCGCGCCGUGGCGCUGCCCGCGGCGUGGGCUCAGGAACAGGGCCCUGCCGACGACGCUCCUGAUCCCAAGAAGCGCAGGUUGAGCUGAGA